AUGGAUUCUUGGAGAAUGGAUUCUUUGUUUUUCAGUUUUGGAGCAAAAACCCAGAAUCAAGUCAGGAGAGAGAGAGAGAGGAGAAACGAAAGAAGAGAAGAAGCUCGGAGAAGGGUCGUGGUCGUCGAUGGAAAAGUGACGUGGUCGUCGACGGAAAAGAGAAGGACGGUUGCUUUGUGGUGGGAGAAGCAAUCGAGCGACCCGUACGUUGAUUUCACGACUUCCAUGGUGGAGAUGAUUGUGGAGAAGCAGAUUUUCGGUGCUAGGGAUCUGGAGGAUUUGCUGGAGACUUUUCUGUCUGUAAAUUCUCAUCACCAUCAUAGGGUUAUCGUUGAGGUGUUCACUGAGAUUUGUGAUGCUUUGUUUCCGAACUGGUCUCUGUUUUCUUAAAACGAAAAAAAAAUGGGUAUAUUUAACUGUGGUUUGUUUUAUUUUAACACAGUAGAAACGGCCAAAAGCAAAAAGAAAACAAAAUUUGUGCACUUUUUAAAACAAUAAUAAAGGUCAAGGGCAAUUUCGUAAAAAAUCAAUCUAUAAUUCAUUUUCAUCAUUCAUCUACCAAACACUACUACUGUUCCAAAAUACAUUCUGCACAUAUCUCCCAAACACUCCUUCAAUCUCCAAAACACAUUCUGACCAUAAUUCAAAAAGCUAAAAAGCCAAAAAGUUAAAAAUGAAAAGUCAAAAAGUAAGUUCCCAAACACC